CUCAGAGUUUGAGUCAUGGGGCCCCGAGCCCUGCUCCUGCUGCUCUCGGGGGCCCUGGCCCUGACCGCGACCUGGGCCGGACCCCACACCCUGAGAUAUUUCAGCACCGCCGUCUCCGUUCCGGGCCGCGGGAAGCCCCGGUACAUCGUCGUCGGCUACAUGGACGACACGGAGAUCGUGCGGUUCGACAGCGACGCUACGAGUCCGAGGCCGAAACCGUGGGUGCCGUGGACGGAGCAGCCGUGGGUGGAACAGGAAAAGCCGUACUACUGGUACCAUCGGUCACGACUCUGUGCGCACAACGCACAAAUUAAUGAAAUGAACCUGAAGAAGCUGCGCGCCUACUUCAACCAGAGCGAGGAGGUGUCGCACACCUUCCAGGCAAUGAGUGGCUGCACCAUGGGGCCAGACGGGCGCUUCCUCCGCGGAUUCACACAGUUCGCCUACGACGGCACCGACUUCAUCGCCCUGAACGAGGACCUGCGCUCCUGGACCACAGCCCAGGACACCUGGCGCAACUUGGUGCAGGUCCCUGAUGCAGACGUCAGGAGGUUCUUCCUGGAGGACACGUGCGUGCGCCGGCUCCACCUGUUCCUCGAGAAGGGGAAGAAGGUGCUCUUACCAGCAGUUCCUCCAAAGACACACGUGACCCGCCACCGCAUCUCUGACCGUGAGGUGACCCUGAGGUGCUGGGCCCGGGGCUUCUACCCCGCGGACAUCACCCUGACCUGGCAGCGUGACGGGGAGGACCUGCCCCAGGACACGGAGACUGUGGAGACCAGGCCUGCGGGGGACGGGACCUUCCAGACGUGGGCGGCCGUGGCCGUGCCCCCUGGACAGGAGCAGAGCUACAUGUGCCGCGUGGGGCACGCGGGGCUGCCCGAGCCCCUGACCCUGCGAUGGGAGCCCCCUCCUCGGACCACCGUCCCCAUCGUGGGCAUCGCUGCUGCUGCCCUGGGUCUCCUUGUUGCUGCGGUCGCUGUGGCUGUGACGUGGAGGAGGACGCGCUCAGGCAGAGGCAGGGAGAAGAAACCCCAGGCUGCCUGCGGUGACAGUGCCCAGGGCUCUGAUGUGUCUCUCACAGCUGCUGACGCGUGACACAGCUGCCUUGUAGGGGACUUGGUGCAAAAACAGUCACUGCAGCCUCCCCCGGGCCUUUAAGGAUCCCCGACGGCUGUGUCUGCACCGGCACCUGAACGUGUCUGCGUCCUUAUCAGCCUCAUGUGAGAAGCUGGUCCCCAGGCCGCCCUCCCCACAGGGACUUGUGUCCUCUCCCCUGGGGACCGUCCUGUCCCCGCAGAGUUGGGGUGAAGUAUUCCCCAUAUGGGACAUUCCUCGUCAGGGUCGUCUCUGUGGCCCCGCUGUCCUUGCCGCUUCAGGGGAACCUCGUCCCUCCAGGACGUGCGAUCCCAGAGACUGGAGCGUCUCCCGGGCCGGCCCGUGGCUCCACGACGGUGCGGAGGCCUCACGGGGCUGCCACCGGCUGGCUCGGGCCUGGGUCUGGCCCACGGCCCCGCUGUUUUAUUUAAUAUUUCUUUCUUUUGUAGAUAUUGUACCUAUUUUUGUGUUCUUAAUUAAACUAUUGGAGUGGGUUUCUUUAAAUGUAUCAGGGUGUGUCUUCAUUAAAUGUAUCGGGGUGGCAUUGAUUUAUAAGAUCACACAGGUGGCAGGCGGGCAUUUGCAUGAUACAGGGUCUGUCUGUCGCACUGUGUGCCCGCCGCCCGCCUUCCAAAGACAAACUAACUUCC